AUGUCAGCCAUCAAUGACACCAAAUUCAAAUUCACAGUGUUCCUUCUCACCGGGAUACCUGGGCAGGAACACAUCCACAAUCUCUGGAUCUCUCUUCCCUUCUGCUUAAUGUAUGUUAUUUCAAUAUUAGGAAAUUCAUUCAUUCUGUUCAUUAUAAAAACAGAUCCAAGCCUCCAUGAGCCCAUGUAUAUUUUCCUUUCCAUGUUGGGCUUCACAGACCUUGGCUUAUUGAUAGCCACCAUGCCGACGAUAUUGGGCAUAUUCUUGUUUAACUCUAGGGAGAUCAGUUUGGAUGCCUGUUUUGGCCAGUUAUUUUUUAUCCAGUCACUUCAUUGCAUUGAAUCUUCCGUGCUCUUGUUGAUGGCCUUUGACCGCUUCAUCGCAAUCCGUGAUCCGCUGAGAUAUGCCUCCAUCUUAACCCUGCCGAGAAUAGCCAAGAUGGGACUGGUGUGUGUUCUAAGAGGGGUGGCCGUAAUGCUCCCACUCCCCCUUCUCCUGAAACGGUUCCAAUACUGUCGAGUGAAUGUCCUCUCCCAUUCUUACUGCAUGGACCAGGAGGUCAUGAUGAUGGCUUGUUCGGAUAUCAGUGUCAACAAUAUCUAUGGCUUGUUUAUUACAGUCAUAAUUUUGGUGUUGGACUCGCUGCUUAUCUUCCUCUCUUAUGUGAUGAUCCUCAAAACAGUGCUGAGCAUGGCAUCCCACAAGGAGUUCCUCAGGGCCCUGAACACCUGUGUCGCCCACCUCUGUGCUGUCCUGCUUUUCUACACUCCAGAGUUCAGCCUGACUUUGAUACACAGAUUCGGGAAUGGCUCUUCUCCCUUGCUUCAGAUCGUCCUGGGCUACGUCAACCUGCUGGUCCCUCCUCUGAUUAACCCAAUCGUGUACAGCGUGAAAAGCAAACACCUUCGUUCAAGGAUAAUCAGGGUGUUCGUGAAGUGAAGGGUCAGUUUAUUACCCGGCCCCAGUGCUGAUAGCAUAUGAUGCAAGAAAAAUGGGACACGUCGACUUAUUCCAUCCUGGACCCUUCUAUCUGUGAUGACAUGAGCUACUGAUCUCCACUCUGUAC